AUGGCCGACACCAAGCUUUACAUUUCGUACAACCAGAUCCACCAGCUGAUUGAAAAUGCUGUGGAUAACUUCCACAUGGGCGAAGACUUUAGUCCGGAUCUGAUGAUUGCCAUUGGCGGCGGUGGCUUCAUCCCAGCGCGCAUCCUUCGGUCGUUCCUCAAGGCCAAGCGCGGCCACAACAUCCCAAUCCAAGCCAUUGGCCUUUCGCUCUACGAGGAGCUCCCCAAUGCCGGACAGGACGGUGUCCCGGAGGUCCCCGGCGUGCAGGUCACAAAAACGCAGUGGCUGAAUUUUGGCGGCGCCGAUUCUCUGGUUUCUCUGCUGGGCCGCAAGAUACUGAUUGUCGAUGAGGUCGAUGAUAGCCGCAAGACACUGGUGUAUGCGGUGGCAGAGCUGUUGAAGGAUAUUGAGGAGCAGGAGCGCAAGAAGGGGUUGCAGCCGGGUGAGUCGGGCACGGAGAUUGGUAUUUUCGUCGUUUAUAAUAAGGACAAGCCGAAGGCCGGCGAUUUGCCUGAGAAGGUCAUGGACAGGUACUAUGCUGCGGCCACUACGCCUGACCGCUGGUUGUCAUUCCCUUGGGACUGCACGACGGAUAUUGCCGAGCACACUGAGCUGGCUAAAAAGUCAUUUUCAACUUCCAUGUGA